AUGAACCUUGACGUGACCGAGAUUCGACCAAAGCUGUACAUCGGCUCCCGCGAUGCAGCAUCCCAGACCAAACAGCUGGCCAUCUUGGGAGUGAGGCACGUGCUCUCGGUUGGCACCGAGUUCCCUUCAAAACUGGGUGUACCUGCUCUGUUGGAGGAGAAGCAUCUUUCCAAGCGCAAGGUUGAUGGACGCUCCAGUGGCGGACGGAUGUAUUUGCAGGAUGGCGGCAAGAAAGACCCGUUUGUGAGGCUGUUUGUUCCAAUCGACGACAUGGGCUCGGUGGACAUCGCACAAUAUUUUGAUGAUGUCCGACUCUUUAUUUCCGAAGGGCUGGCCCAAGGAAAGGUGUUGGUCCAUUGUGUAGAAGGACGUUCCAGAAGUGUUGCACUGGCUGUUUCCUUUUUGAUGCACAAAGAGAAGAUCUCCGUCGGAAAGGCUCUGCUGUCUGUCAAGGAGAAGCGCCCGACCGUCAGUCCGAAGCCUGGUUUCAUUGGACAGCUAUUGGCCCUAGAAGAGCAGCUUGGCAUUGAGCCAGCCUCCCCUCGAACUGCAGAGGCUGCGGGUGCUCUGAAGAAAGACACGGACAGCUCCAAUCCCAGAGUGUUCCUGGAAAUAUCCUUGGAUGGGCAGUCUAUUGGUCGUCUUGAGAUCGAGCUAUACGCCGACAUAGUUCCUCAAACUGUGGAGAAUUUCAGAUGUCUCUGCACUGGCGAGUGGGGACGUGGGCCAGUGAGUGGAAAGCGUCUCACCUACCUGGGGUCUGUUUUUCACUGCAUCAUUCCGGGCUUCGUCUGCAUUGGAGGUGAUAUCACAAGGGGGGACGGAACCGGAGGUGAGUCGAUCUAUGGGCACGCCUUCCAAGAUGAGAACUUCGAAGUCAAACAUGACUCCGAGGGAAUUGUGUCGAUGGCAAAUUCUGGUCCGGAUUCCAAUGGUUCGCAGUUUCUAAUCUGCUGCACAGAUUGUCCACAACUUGAUGGCAAGAAUGUGGCCUUCGGCAAAGUCGUCUCGGGAAUGGAAGCAGUGAGGAUGAUGGAGGACUGCGGAAGUGCUGAUGGCACGGCAUCCAAGCGGGUGACCAUCCUGGACUCUGGAGAGGUUCCACAGCCGGGCCGCGCAGUCAAACGCGCUAGGCGCGAUGCAGAUGCGGUUGCCACUGUCCUUCAAAUCCUCCGGAAACAUGAAGGCUGCAAAAAGGCGAGUUCCUGGCGACAGGAAGUGAUUACUUGCAGCCAGGAGGAGGCAAGGAAGCAGUUGCAGAGCCUUCGGCAGAUGCUUUCUCUGGCAUCGGGUUCUGACCUGGUCAACAAGUUCGAGGAGCUGGCAGGUGAGCAUUCCGACUGCAAAUCUGCCAAGAGAGGCGGGCGCCUCGAUCCUUUCGAGAAAGGCAUGAUGAGCAAAGCCUUCGAAGAGGCGGCUUUUGCUCUUCCGGUUGGCGGACUAUCCGAAGUUUUCUCUACCAAGCAAGGAGAGCACUUGCUAUUGCGACUAUCUUGA